UCCAGCUUUUUAACCACAUUUUACAACAUAUCACACCCCCACCACAAUGGCCGAGUUCCUUCCCCUGUGCGACGUCCUGUUCAACGUGAUCUCGCUGGCCGGCUACUUUUGCAACGUGGUCUUCGACGUCGUGCUCGGGUACGCGCUGUACGAGCGCCAAAAGUUCGCCUACUUUGCCACGGUGAUCGUGAUCGUGAGCUUCUCGCUGGUCAUCUCGCAGAUUGUCUCCGUACGAUGGUACUUGAACAAGCGAAAGCUGCGGAACUCGACAGCCGCCGCGACGGGGCCACCCGGCGACGACAGUCCGGAGAAUAGUUUGGAGAAGAAGAAACCUCCGGUUGAGGAGCCGUCCGAUUCGGCGCGCUACAGUCGAUGGGUGGUGUUGGCGCUGCAUGCGACCCAGUUGGGGGUGCUGUGGCGAUACGCCAAGUUGUUCGUGCCCGUUGAUCUGCGUCACGUGAAGCACGAGGUUCGGGAUCUUUGUAUGCUCCGGUUGGUUCAUGCAUUCUGCGAGGCUGCUCCGAUGCUGCUGUUGCAGCUGUACGUGCUGGUGAACCUGCAGAACGAGAACCACAUGAACGCGGUGAAGCUGAAGGCGCUGGCCAGUGGGCACCACCUGUCCAGUACGGCCCUGGUUCAGCAGACGAGUUUGGCCGAGCAGCAGCAGAAGACGUUUCGGGAUCUGAACAUGGUUUCGGCUACGUUAUCGUUGUUCAGCGUUUGCUGGGCACUGGCUAGCUUCAGCAAGAACGUCCGACUGCAGAACGUUCACCGGUUGGUGCUAACCUGGCUUGGGGUGAUCUUCCAGUUUCUGUGGCGGCUGGGAACCGUGAUAUCGCGGGUCAUCUCGUUGACGGUGUACGCCUCGGUGUACAGUCAUUGGGUGUUUCUGGUCAUAAUUCUCCACUGGUUCUCGAUGUUUCUGUGGCUCAUCUCGCCGAAGAAUGUGUUCCACGGUGAACGGAUCUCGCGACUAAAGAAGGCAACCCUUGGUGGGUUGAUCGCAUUCGUGUACAUAUUUGCAUACAUCAACCUGCAGGAGGUCCGGCACCGACAAAAGAUGCUAACCUUCUACAUCGUGAUGUUCAUGGAGAACUGCCUGCUGGUGGGCCUCUGGAUGGUCGGAAUCUGGCCGAACCGUCCGGAAGGUUGGUACACCAUUCCGAUUUCGGUGUUGUGCAGCUUUGCGAUCGGCCUGUUCUUCAUGGUCGUGUACUACCGGUACUUUCACGUGCGACGGCUCGGGUACGAAGCCGGUGGCCGGGCACCGUGUGAGAACGGAGCAGCGAAGUGUACUCGCUGUGCGGAGGUUUGCCGCUGUCGGGACACUUCCGAGCGAGGAGCGGAGGCCGGAAAGGUUUUUGGAGGUUGUGGUAGUCAAAAGUAUCCGCACUCGAUUCCGGGAGUGUUCAACUGUCGGUUUUCGAACCCGGUAAAUGCCGCUACAAAAAGGAAGAAGAAGAAACCGACCACGUUCGUGCCGCCGCCGAACCUGGCCAUGCAGCCGAGUGGGGCUUCGGACCAGGGAACGCCGAUUGGACCGAUGGCGAUCCCAUUUUGGAGGAGGCCACUGCCGCGAUCGCAUACGGGAGGAUCAAGUGAGAACGAGGGUAGCAGUGUCGGAUCCAGGGUCAACAUUCAACAGAAGCUGCAGGAGAAGAAGCAAAAACAGCUUGCAGAACUUAAGAUCAUCGAGGAGGAGAUCAAACAGGGCAAACUGGGAGGACCAGGAACGGGAACGCUCAGUUCGGGAGAUGACGGAAAGGCUACCCUGCCAAGACAACCAAUCCCUCGCGUCAAGAAGCACAUCGACAUCGAUCCAAUGGAGUGGCGACCUUCAUCCCCAGACAUGGCGGAAAUUGCCGUCGAAAAGUCCUUCAACGAUCUCAACCUGCUACUAGCCGCCAACCUGGACGACGUCAACAACCUCAACAAGUUCAGCUCGAACUACGAUCCGAUCUACAACAGCUUCGGCCUCAACGGAAUCAACAUCUCCGCCCUGGUCAACAUGAAGAACGCCGAAGCCCAGCAAGCCGCCGUCAAUAACCGGAACAUGUCCCCAAUCUCAUCCCAGAUAUCCGCAACCGAGAGCAACUCCCUCACCCGCCAGGUCCACCCUCGCACCAAAAUGCUCCCAAACAACGUGCCACGAAACCCGUUCGCCGAAAACUACCGAGGAAACUUCGUCAACCUCUACGCGGACGCCGCAGCCAACAACAACCGGCCACCUUCAAUCAGUCCCCGCACCACCGAAGUGGCCACCGCCAACCGAGCCGUCCUGUACGACAACCACAGCCGGCUCUACAUGGACGCGAACCACCCCCGGCAAAUCUCCGGCACGUACAGCAGCAUCGAAAAUGGCGGCGCCGCCGACAACCUCCCCUUCCCGUACAACGUGGUUCCACCGCCUCGCAGCAAGCUGGACAGCCGGGCGACGCCAACGAUGCCCAACAACAGCGCAACCAACACGGGAUCCAGUAGCGGCGGCAAGAACAACACCACCGGGAAGACCCACGUGGGCGGUGCGGUUUCCGUGCCGAUCAACAACCUGAACAAGCAGCGGCAGAUGCAGCGGGCCAAGACGCCGGAGAUUCUGCUGGCGCCGCACUAUUUGGAGAAUUCGCGCAUUUACUACGAUUGGGUCGCACGGGAGGCGGCCAAUUUUAGGUGAGUUUCUUUUUUAUUGCGAGAUCGUGUAGCUGUCACUUUAGAGAGGUGGUGGCGUUAAACGGAUUACACGCUUUUCGUGAAACAAGCCAUUGGGC